UGCAGGGGACGUCCACUCUGGGUAUGAUUCAUUCUUUCAUUAUCGCCAUUUGUGCAUUCAUUUUUAAUUUACUACAUGCCGUGUGGCAAACACUAGCGUCCGAGCCAACUGGGGUGACAGUGCACGGCCCUUCUCUGAGGGAGGAGAACAUGGAGGAGCUCAACCCCAAACAAUUAGCUGUCAAGCAGCUAAAGCUGAAGUUCCUGGAGGCCCUGCAGGCCAACGAUGCCCAGCAGGUCCUGCAGAUUCUGCACACUGGCAACCUAGACAUUGACAUGGUGCUGGAGGUAAAGGACCCCAGUAUGGUCCUGGCAUCCUAUAAACAAGGUUAUUGGCUCCCAGAGUACAAACUGGACAACUCCUGGGCGAUGGGCAUUCACGUGUGCAUGAUGUACAACGCUGUGGAAACGGCACUGGUGCUCCUGGAGGAAGGUGCAGCCAUUAACCGGAUGCCCAACGGGAAGACCCCGCUGCAUGUGGCCUGCAGUGUCGCCAACGCUGACUGUGCGGCCCUGCUCUUGGCUCGCGGGGCAAAGGUCAACAGCAUGUCACUGAGCGGGCACACGCCACUGCACUACUGCAUCACCAGCGAGUCUGUGGCCUGCGCCAAGCAGCUCUUCCUGAAAGGUGCAAAUGUCAACAUGCCCAGUUACAACAAUGAGGAGGACACACCGUUGCACACAGCUGCCAGAUUUGGCGUUCCAGAGCUGGUGAGUCUAUAUCUGGCUCACGGAGCGUCUGUGGACGCAGUCAACGCUUUACAGGACACGCCUUUGAUAACCGCAGCCUUCUGGGCUUUUGACUCCAGAGAGCAAACGUACAGCGAGGACCACCAUCUUGUCUGUCGUCUCCUGCUGGACCACCAAGCAGAUCCGAACCUCCAAGAAGAAGACCAUAAAACCGCUCUUCACAAAGCAGCCUGGAACUGCGAUCAUGUCCUGAUGCAGAUGCUGCUGGAGGCCGGAGCCAACACCAGGGCCAUGGACAUUAACGGCUGCGCCCCCAUUCAGUAUCUCCUCAAAGUGACUGAUGUCAGGCCCGUGGCCAUUCCUGAGCUCUGCUAUCAGCUGCUGCUCAACUUUAACACCGCCAGGAUUUACCCACCACAGUUCCACAAGGUGCUGCAGUCCUGCCAUGAAUACCCCAAAGUAUUAGAGGUGAUGGUCAACGCUUAUGAACGUUUAAAGCCCACCAGGAAGUGGAGAGCAGCCAUUCCUGAUGCCUCCUAUAAGAGACAUAAAGACUUCUAUGACUCUCUGUUUGCUGUUUGCACCAACUCUCCUCGCAGCCUGCUCCACCUGAGCCGAUGUGCCAUCAGAACCGGUCUGGGUGGUUUCUGCCACAGAGGAGUAUCACAGCUGCUUCUGCCACCUCUCAUGAAGAAAUAUUUAUUACUGGAACCUGACGGGAUACUGUACUAAUGGAGAAACUUUGUUUUAUUAUUAUUUAGAUGCUCUAAUAUAUACUGUAGCUAGUUUCAAGAGAAGCAUUAACUGUCAGUGGAUUUUUUUGAGUGACAGGUGAGAGAAUGGUCAUUUUAUUUUAUUAUUACAUAUUAAGCUGCCAAAUUA